AAGCGCCAUGAAAAUUCUUAUCCACAAAAUCAAGUGUACAGGCUCUCCCAGCAGCCUCUUCGUCUUUCCAACUGCUUGACAGAGGCUUACCAAAGUUCUAUUAACGUUUUCGACUCCGUUCCCCACAAACACACUGACUGUGAGUGUAAGUUUAACGGUAACGGUAACGCUUUUCAAGGUCUGAGCCUUCAUGGCGGCGCCGUUUUCUCCAACCACCCCAGUACGGUCCAUCCUCCAACCCUCUCAAAACCCUCCCAAAACCGUCUUCUUUCUUCGAGAUUCGUAUCGUGGAGGACCGGACUGUGUGAAAUGCCAGUCGAGCAGGGGUAGUUUGUAUUCGUGGAGCUCGGCUCUAAACAAUGUGAGACUUCGGAAUGGGGUAGUGGGAUUUUCUGGGAAUCGCAAUGUUGUGAAGCAGUUGUUGCAAAGGAGAAGGGGAGUUGUGAGGGCUGCAACUACUGAAGAAAUUGAAGCAGAGAAAUCUUUGAUUGUGAAAGAUGCUAAAGGAAGGAUGGAAAAGACUCUUGAGACAGUUCGAAUCAAUUUCAAUUCCAUAAGGACAGGGAGAGCAAACCCAGCCAUGCUAGAUAAAAUUGAGGUGGAAUAUUACGGAAGUCCAGUUAGCUUAAAGAGCAUAGCUCAAAUCAGUACUCCUGAUGCAAGCUCUCUCCUAGUUCAGCCAUAUGACAAAUCCAGCUUAAAGGCUAUAGAAAAAGCCAUAGUGGGUUCUGAUCUUGGUAUGACUCCAAACAAUGAUGGAGAGGUGAUUAGAUUGACCCUCCCUCAACUUACAUCAGAAAGGAGGAAGGACUUGUCAAAAGUGGUAGCAAAACUGGCUGAAGAAGGGAAGGUGGCACUGAGAAAUGUAAGAAGAGAUACUUUAAAAGCCUAUGAGAAACUUGAGAAGGAGAAAAAGCUCUCCGAGGAUAUUGUGAAGGACUUCUCAAAUGAUUUGCAGAAACUGACAGAUGAGUAUAUGAAGAAGCUCGAUGCCAUCUACAAACAGAAAGAGAAGAUUUCCAAACAUAUGAUCUUGGAUGUAUGACAUGUAUUUCUCGUCUUCCAGGAGUUGCUGAAGGUUUAGGGAUUGCUUUACACAUGCAAAUGGGAGUAAAAGAGAGCUUUCUCAUCGAUGAACCUGAGAAUAGGUCCCUUAUUUUGUAUGCCGAAACGCAGUAGCAUUUUGUUUAUACCUGCCUUACAAAAAUACUUGAAUUAAAAUUUGUCUCUCUUUUAUCUACCUGGGAUUUCUUUUCCCUCCAAAUUUUGGAAGAUAGGGACUUUCUCUACAUUAGUUAAAUAGAUUUUCGCCUUUUUUUAAUUCAAGCAAUCAGUUUUCAACUUUAA